AAAACCAAACUAAUCACACACAAACGAAGGGGAAGAAAGGUUUCAAUUUCCAUGCCUUGUUCUGGGAGCUUCAACUAUGGGAAGGAGCAUGCCUUCAGAUGAUGAUCCGUUGAUUCAUCCGGCAUUGUCAUUCUCCCUCCUUGUAGCUGGUAUGGCUGCAACAAUGUCUAUAAUCUCUGGCCUGUGCCUAUGUGGGUUUGGAAGAAAAUCAUCACCUGAUCCAUCUUCUCCUGGAGUUAGAAGCACAGAGGAAGCAAAGGCAACAACAGCAACACCUGCCACAACAGAACAUGGGGCAGACACCACCAUCCCAUUGCCUCCACCAACAUCUAUGAUGGAAUUGAGAGACACAUGUUCUAGCAAGUACAUGCCAAAAUCUGAAUCCACAAGAAAGUUUGGUUCAACAAUGAGUGUCAAAAUCCCAAGAAGCAUGUCCCAGGCUAGGCAACUGGAGGAGAAGCUGAGUGAAAAGAAAAACAUAAAGUUGGAUACAGAUGAUAAUUCUAUUUGGACAAAGACGAUUAUAUUAGGCGAAAAAUGUAGGAUAAGGGAUGAUGAAGAUGAUGUUAUCUUUGAUAGAAAGGAUACUCAAAUUCACUCAACCCUGCAAACUUCCUCAAGUGAUCCAUAUGUAAUCCCAAGUCAAGAUAAUAUUCAGAAAGGAACAUAACAAGAAAAGAUGAAGAUUCUUGUUAUUUAUGUUAGCAAGGUGUAGGUAGACUUCUGUCUCAUAUGAAUUAAUGAAUGCAGGAUUUUCCU